AUGGUCAAGCCGCGAGCAGCCCGCAAGCAGCCCGUCGUGCUUUCAUCCGAUUCUGAGCAGGAGGAUGAUGAAUCACACUCACCGCCUCGCACGCGACCCAAGAGGGGCACACUAACCGCCACCUCCAAUGAGCCGCGUGGAGACAGCCGUAGACAGGCACAGGCACAGGCACAGGCACGCCGUGCAGCAUCGCCCCAGUCGCGGAAGGCUGCUCCGAAGAAGGCACCAGCUAAAUCGCCAGUGAAGCCCAAGGCGGUGACCAAACCGAUCACAUCCUUCUUCAGCAACGUGCCGCGGUCGCAGGCCUUCUCCCAGCCUACCUCGAGCCCCGAAAAGACUACUGAUACACCGCCCGCGCCUAUCGAUGAGAUCCUCGACUCCUCUGAUGACGCUCGCCCACUGCCCCUGAAGCCGGCCGCCGCUCUGCCAGUUCGCAAGAGAGGAAACGAUGCGACCACCGCUGACAUUGACAAUGCGGCGCUCAAGGCACGACAGAAGUUUCUGCGUACAGGGAGUGGCGCACGCAGCACGCCUCCGCCGUCCCUGCCAAUCCGUCCAGAGUCAGAGGAUCAGCGGCCUUGGACCGAGAAAUACGGGCCAGUGUCGCUCGAAGAGCUGGCAGUGCACAAGAGAAAGGUCGCCGACGUGCGGUCGUGGCUCACAGAUGUCUUCAAUGGCAAGUCGCGCAAGAGGUUGCUUCUUUUAAAAGGCCCUGCUGGCAGUGCAAAGACGACGACCAUGGCCCUCCUGAGUAAGGAGCUGGGAAUCGCCAUGCACGAAUGGAAGAAUCCCACAGGUUCCAUGUCAACCUCUGAAAAUUUCGCCUCCGCUACUGCACAGUUUGAAGACUUUGUCGGCAGGACUGGCACCUUUGGCAGUCUUACCUUCGAUGGAGUGUCCCAGGGCAGCCAGCACAGUGUUUCUAGCAAUUCGUCUAGCAGACAAAAGCAACUGGUGCUUGUAGAGGAGUUCCCAAAUACAUUUACACGCACAUCUUCCGCUGUACAAGCCUUUCGGUCUUCCAUCAUCAACUAUCUUACCGCGAACACCCAGUCCGCCACUACCUUCUUCAACGGCCAAGCUGAUACUGAGCUCUCUGUGACUCCCAUUGUCAUGAUUAUUUCUGAGACUCUUCUCUCCACAAAUACGGCGGCAGCUGACAGCUUCACUGCUCAUCGGCUACUGGGUCCCGCAAUCCUUACCCACCCUGGCGUGUCCGUCAUUGAGUUCAAUCCUAUCGCACCCACGUAUAUGACAAAGGCAUUGGACACGAUUGUUGUCAAGGAAGCGCGGAGAUCUGGUCGAAGAAAUACCCUGGGCCCGCAAGCUAUCCAACGUCUCGCAGAGCUCGGCGAUAUCAGAAGUGCGGUCUCAUCACUACAGUUUUUGUGCGUACGUAGAGACGAUGCCGAAGGCUGGGGCGCCAAGGUCAAUUUUGCAAAGAAAAAAGGGUCAAAGGAUCUGGUAAUGACAAAGAUGGAGCAAGAGUCUUUGGAACUUGUGACGCAAAGGGAAAGUACCUUGGGGAUCUUCCACGCUGUUGGCAGAGUUGUGUAUAACAAGAGAUUGCCUGAGAGCACGGGGUCACCGAUCGCGCAGCCACCAAAUUGGUUCCCUGAGAGAAGAAGACCAAAAGCAUCAGAAGUUAACGUUGACACUCUUAUCGAUGAGACAGGAACGGACACGCAAACAUUUGUCGCUGCGCUCCACGAGAAUUAUGUACUGUCAUGCGGAGGGGCGGAUAGCGAAGAAACAAUCGACUCCAUUGAGGGCUGUAUCGAGGCUCUAUCUGAUGCCGAUCUUCUUUCGCCAGAUCGUUUUGGCGCUGGCUCUGGCAGACGAAACCUGCAGGGGACAAGUGCCGACAACCUGCGUCAAGAUGAGAUGAGUUUCCAGACCAGUGUGCGUGGACUCUUAUACAGUCUACCAACUCCAGUAAAGAGACUGGCACCGCCACCUGGCGUUAUGGGCAUCAAAGCGCACGGCCAGACCACCACAUCUAGCGCCCCAAAAGGAAGCGCCUAUGUCAUGUACUAUCCCGCAUCAUUGCGAAUAUGGAAGCAGCAGGAAGAAAUUGGAGGAUUGCUGGAUAUGUGGAUUACGCGUGCGCAGCAUGGGGAUCUCCUGGCCGCGUCUCACGGCGCACCGAGAACCGCUAGUGCCACUGGUGGUGUGGAUACGUGGAGGAAGAGUCCAUCAUUUGCCUCCACCGCAUCGCAAACAGCCACUAAACCUUCCGAUGAUGAGCAACUGUCUUCCGUUCUACUCGGUAGCGGCGGCUCCGCCCGCUUCGAAAUGUUACUCGAGCGUCUUCCCUACCUCCCCACCAUUCUGCGCAAAUCGCACAUGCCGUCUCCAUCCACCGCAGCUACCAUCCGCGAGAUCCAGAAGAUCACUGCUUUUGGAAGGGGCGGUGUGAAAGGCAGCACCGAUGACGACGACGAUGCUCAAGAUGAAGCCGUUGCUGGACAUCUGGACGAGCAGGAGCUGUGGAGUACGGAUCAGCCUGCGGCUGAGACGCCGAAGAGGAGAAAAGAGGUCAAGUUCCAGAUUAGGGAGUCAGAGCGCGAGGCUGCGGUGCCGGGGAUUACCGACUCGGCUACUGGGCUUGUGUUGAGCGAUGAUGAUAUCGAGGAUUGA